GUUGACUUUCUGCUAACCUCCUACAGACAGAGCAGAAGGAAUGUUAACACAGUGUUUGUAACAGGUUUUACAAGAAGUUGGACACUUUUCGUGUUGCUAUUUUAUAUAACAACCAGACAUUUCUUAACACACUUCUUAUCAAACUUGACGGUUGUUGCCAGGUCGGGUUUUUAAUUCAGGUACCAGGGCCACUUAGCAUAGACAUCAAGGCUAGCGUUACUUUCCAAGGAUGCCGGUGCAGAGAGUCGUUCUCAACUCACGACCAGGUAACAACGGAGUGCCAGUUCCUGCACAUUUCCGCCUAGAGGAGACCACUUUGGCACCUGACCUGGAAGAUGGGGAGGUCCUUGUCCGGACGCUUUGCCUCUCAGUCGACCCUUACAUGCGGUGCAGAAUGAAUGAAGACACCGGUGUUGGUUAUGUGACUCCAUGGCAGCUGUCUGAGUGUGUAGAUGGUGGAGGUGUCGGUGUGGUCGAGUCCAGUCGCUGCAGUGCUUGCAGUGAGGGAGAUGUGGUCACUUCAUUCAACUGGCCUUGGCAGACCAAAGCUGUCAUGAAAGGAAGUGCCUUACAAAAGGUUGAUCCACAGGUGGUCGAUGGACACUUGUCGUACUUUUUGGGUGCAGUUGGGAUAACAGGUCUCACUGCACUGUUAGGCGUAAGGGAGAAGGGCAAUGUGACCAAAGGGGCCAAUCAGACCAUGGUGGUGAGUGGCGCCGCCGGGGCCUGUGGCUCCGUAGCUGGACAGAUCGGCAGGCUGGAUGGCUGUGUGAGAGCGGUUGGGAUUUGUGGCUCUGAAGAGAAGUGCAGAGCUUUAGUGGAUGACUGCGGCUUUUCUGCAGCCAUCAACUACCGCAAAGAGGACAUACCUGCAAAGCUCCAGGAGCUCUGCCCCGAUGGGAUAGAUGUUUACUUUGACAACGUGGGAGGUGGCAUCAGUGAUACUGUAAUUGCACAGAUGAACAACAACAGCCAUGUGAUCCUGUGUGGGCAGAUCUCACAGUAUAACAAAGAUGUGCCAUAUCCUCCGCCUCUGAGCGAGGAGAUACAGGAAACCCUGCGAAGGAAGAAUAUCACCCGGGAACGAUUUACAGUGCUUAACUACAUGAACAAAGCAGACGCUGCCCUCUGUGAACUCAGCCAGCUAGUUAAAUCAAGACACAUCAAUGUGCUGGAAACUGUGGUGGAAGGCAUUGAAAAGAUGGGAGAUGCAUUUUGCUCCAUGAUGAAAGGGGGGAACAUUGGAAAGCAAAUUAUAAAGAUAUCAGAGUGAAGGAAAUUGCUUCUCUCACCAGAAGGAUGCCUUGGGAAAUUAACAUGUUGCAUUUCAAUGACUUCCAAUAACACUAACUUAAUGAUCUCUAGUGAGAUAUUUAAUUGAUGAGCAGUUGCCAUUAGUUGGCAAUUAUGCAUCAUAAACAUAAAUCACACAAUGUUUUAUUACAUUGGUUUCCUGACAGAAAUAAAUGUAAAGAGUGCUUCGAAGUCUUGAACUUACUGAUUUAUUCUUUGGUGCCAAUUUUAAUAUGUGUAAAAUAUGUAUGUGUACCACAUAUUGCCGUGCUGCCUGAUAAUAUUACCCUACUUCUCAAUCUCAACACUUGUGGUUUUAAAAUCAUCCGGUGUGGAAAAUAAAAGUGCCAUGAUAAGA